CCAGUUGACGUAAAUAAAUAUGGAAGUAUCCAAUGUUUACUAUGUAGAGUUUCGAUCUGAGACCGACUGGAGUUCCCUGACACUUUUAUCGUGGGCCUUGGCAUUUACCAGCUCCGAUUUAUUGCCUCUUCAACUUCGCCGUUCCCAUCAAAUGUGACGUGAUAACCACGGCUGAGUGUGUUGUGCCUACUUUGAGCUUGACUUGGUACCUACCUACACUAACGCAUCCAGAAACUCAACUUAUUUCUUGUUAGUUAGUUGAGAGUUAUAAUACGCAAGAUGGCGACAUUCGCCCGGCCAGCAUUUUCCGCAAAGACCUACGCAGCCUUUCGGCCCGCUUACCCACCCUCACUGUUCCGCACCGUUCUGCAGUACCAUCAGGCGAACGGGAGUGCUAGUACUAGUAGUAGUAACAAGCAGCAGCAGCUGCUGCUGGAUCUCGGGUGCGGCCAUGGCCUCAUCGCGCGCGCUCUCAAGCCGCAUUUCCAAUCCGUCCUCGCCAUCGACCCGUCGGCCGGGAUGAUCGCCCAGGCGCAGCAGACCACCACCGACCCCAGUAUCGAGUUCCGCCAAGGGAGCGCCGAGGACCUCGGCUUCUUGUCAGACGCAUCCGUGGACCUGGCCGUCGCGGGCCAAGCCGCGCACUGGUUCGACUACAGCAAGGUGUGGCCGAACCUCGCGCGCGUCGUCCGGACGGGCGGAACCAUCGCGUUCUGGGGCUACAAGGACAACGUGAUGAUGGGCGCCGAGCAGGCGACCGCGAUCAUGGAGGACCUCGUCUACGGGUUCGGCGAGGCGGCGCCGGGGAUACAGAAGAUGGGGCCGUACUGGGAGCAGCCCGGGCGCAACAUCCUGCGGGACCUGCUACGCAGCGUGCAGCCGCCCGCACAAGACUGGCGCGACGUCGCGAAGCACGAGCACGAGCCGGGGGAGGACGGGCCCGAGGAGGACGUCUGGCUGCGGAAGAAGAUGAAGCUCGGCGAGGUCGAGGGGUAUCUGAGGACGUUUAGCUGCUACAGCAGCUGGCGCGAAGCACAUCCGCAGGUGAAGAGCAGGGCGGAUGGGGGGGAUGGGGAUGGGGAUAUCCUCGAUGUCAUGUGGGACCGCAUGAUUGACUCGGUGCCGGAGUGGAAAGCCGCGGGGGACCGGUGGCGAGAGGUGGAGGUUGUGAAUGACUGGGGCACGUAUAUAUUGCUGGCUAGGCGUAAGUAGUUAAACGUUUGUUAAAGAGGUGAUUAUGAGGAGUGCUUAGGUGUAAAUGCCCAAUGUUACAUAGAUGUAUUAGCAGCUUAAACAUAGAUGUCAUAGAAUGUUUAGGAGGAACUUGAGGGGAAAGUGUUGACA